AUCCUAUGACUAUAAGCAGUAGGUUCAUAAUCCAAUUUUACUGGAAGGUAAAUCUUCAGGAUCCUGCAGGAGGGAAACAUGGGAGCCUGCUAAAAGGAGGCACUCUAGGAAUAUAUUUUUCUUGUUUUUUUCUUUUUCAUCGAUUUUAAAAAAUAUUUAACUGCCUUCAGGUGCUUUGCUCUGCUGUGGCCUUGUAGAAAUACGCUGUUUGGGCUGUACUAGGCUUCUUGCCUGAAGCAGACUGAAAAGAACAAGAAAAAGAAAAAGAAAAAGAAAAGGAAAAAGAAAAAGAAAAAGAAAUAGAAAAAGAAAAAGAAAGAGAAAGAAAAAGAGAAAGAGAAAGAGAAAAAGAAAAAGAAAACUGCUUUCACCUGUAACAAAUAGUAUGAAUGCUUGUGAUAUUUAUAAAGGAGAAUAGCAAAAAUUAGUCAUAAUCUCAUAUAUAACAAAAAUGGGAGGCUUUAAUUUCAACUUAUUUAGUUUCAGCAGUAAUCAGACAUGAAACCUGGGUACAGAAAUCAGGAAGCACAUGACCAGUCGUAUUUUGGUCAUGCGGAAAAUUAAAAGACUCUCUGGCUACAAUUAUUUGGUAAUAGAUGUAAUUACACUUGCGGGGAAUUCGGUGGUAGUAGAUAUGCCAACUUGUCUUGCGAUGAUAUAGCACCAAAUAAGGAGUAGAAUUUGUUCCGUGUUUUCCUGGCUGCCCUUCCUUUCCCCUGUCUUCUUCACAGCAAGUUCGCUCUUGCCUUUGCAGUGAGUGGUGAAACAGCACCGUCUUCUGCUUUUCUUUUCUAGUUGAAGCCAGGAGCUCCCAGAGGGAAGACAAAGGGCUUCCUUGUCGAUCACAACUAUUUCAGAGCAAUCUAGUCUUACCAAAUGGAUAACAAGCUGGAUGUCUUCAGGAGGGAGUUAGUGGAUGUUCAAGGGAUCCCCCUCUUUUGGAGCAUCGCUGAGCAAUGGUCGCAAGUAGAGUCAUUUGAAGCCCGACCUGAUGACAUUUUGAUCUCCACCUAUCCCAAAUCUGGAACAACUUGGAUCAGUGAAAUACUGGACUUGAUCUAUAACAAUGGGGAUGCAGAGAAGUGUAAGCGGGAUGCAAUAUACAGACGAGUACCCUUCAUGGAGCUCAUCAUUCCUGGAAUAACAAAUGGUGUUGAAAUGCUGAAUAACAUGCAGUCUCCUCGACUGGUGAAGACACAUCUGCCUGUUCAGCUGCUUCCUUCCUCAUUUUGGAAAAACGACUGCAAGAUGAUUUAUGUGGCACGGAAUGCCAAAGAUGUGGCUGUUUCUUACUAUUAUUUCCACCAAAUGGCAAAAAUGCACCCAGAGCCUGGCACCUGGGAAGAGUUCCUCGAGAAAUUCAUGGCUGGGCAAGUGAGCUUUGGUCCCUGGUAUGAUCAUGUGAAGGGCUGGUGGGAGAAAAGAAAAGAAUACCGGAUUCUUUACUUGUUUUAUGAAGAUAUGAAAGAAGAUCCAAAGUGUGAAAUUCAAAAAGUAUUAAAGUUUCUAGAAAAAGACAUACCAGAAGAAGUUGUAAAUAAAAUCCUCUACCAUAGCUCCUUCAGUGUAAUGAAGGCGAACCCUAGUGCAAAUUACACCACUAUGAUGAAAGAGGAGAUGGACCAGUCUGUGUCUCCUUUCAUGAGGAAGGGCAUUUCAGGCGAUUGGAAGAAUCAGUUCACUGUAGCCCAGUAUGAGAAAUUUGAAGAAGAUUAUGUCAAGAAAAUGGAAGAGUCAACACUCAAGUUUAGAUCAGAGAUCUAGGGAGUGUUUGCUCCUCAGUCUCCUUUGGCAGGCACUAAAUUUAGAGGAAAAGCACAAUCAUGGUUCAGUGAAAGAAAAUGUUGUAUAUUAUUUUUCUGUAUUUACUAAAAUUCAUGGUCUUCAAAUAUACAAAAAUAAAGUAAGAAUGUUCUCCUAAUUAUCUUCCUUACAAAAGGUUCAUAUUCUAGUUUCCUUUUUACUUUCUAUUAUCAAAAUAAUACAAUUUUAAGAGGCUUUUAAACACAGUGCGUUUUUAGUUUCAGUCACUAAUAGCUUCCUGUCUAAAUAUGGUCUAGGUUACCCCUAGAGGAAGAUUACAUUUCAUUAACUCUAAUUCAAUGUCAUCUGUGGUUAUUUUACAUUUUAAAAUAUUACGUCUUUAAUGUUGCCAAAUUAUUUAAAUUUUUUAUGCCAGAAUCUCCCACUCCCCCUUCAGCCUAAUUUAGAAAUAUUAAUUUUUAACAAAAGAAUGAAUAGUACUCAUUUUAUACGAUUUAAAUCAAGGAAAUUAAAUACCUAAUUAUUUUGUCCUUCAUUUCAUAUACUGAAGCUACUGUAAAACUUAUUACAGAAAAUGUUGAGGUUUGUUCAAAAUAUUCUAAAUUACUAUUCUAUUGUCCAUUUUAUGUCCAUUGACCAUCACUUCUGAGAGGAAAACUCCAUACAAUAAAUAAAUUUCUGUAAUCUCUCUUCUUGGUUGGCUUAAGAUCAUCACAUCAGGCUCAUUUGGCCCCUUCUGGAAUUAACCAUUCCUGAGUAAGACAAAUACUUGACAGGUUUUUGAACCAGCAGGAGACAUGAAUUCAAAACACUUUAGAUCUAUUUUCAGGAACGAAUGCUUAGUGAAAAGUGAAAACUUAAAGGUAAAUGAGUAAAGUACUGUAAGAUUUAAUUUGAUAUAUAACAUUCGUGACAUGAGAAAACUGAUGAAGCAGACCGCCAGUUAAUGCUAACAUAAUUUAAUGAAGAACCUGAAGGGACAUGAGAGAAGUCAUAAAACAGCAGUGCAACUCAGACUAUAUUACUAUAGAACAACUAGUCUUUAAUGUAUCAAUAUCAUGGUGUUGAUAGAAUGUUAUUGGUUUACCAGAGGUUACUACUGGAGAAAAUGUGUUAAAGUUACAAUUUCUUACCAUUUCAUGCUGAUUAUCUCAAGUUUUAGAAUUAUGUUAAAAGAAUGUCUUACUAAUUUUACAUUUUCUAAAGUCAAAGUAAUUUUAACUAAACAACAGUAAUGACUGUCUAAAAUAAACCUUCCUUAAAUAAAGUCAACAAUGAAUUAAUUUAAAA